AUUUGAAAUGGAAUGGCGUGAUGUUAACAACUGCAAGGAGAGGCAGCCACCCGUCCCCACCGUCCAUCCCUAAAACAUCGCCACGUCUCGCCUGCGCUACCCCCUCAAUGUCCGUGGCCACCGGCGGCGGCGGCGUCCACCACCGAGUCCAAUGCCCAAGCCCCACUACGCCGCUUCCUCACCUCCGCAUCCGCCGCCUCAGCAGCCGCCGCUCCUCCCGCUUGCGCUCGUCCCGCCGCGGCAGUGCCCGCUUGCCGCGGCCCUGCUGGCGCUGCUCUCGCUGCUGCUCGCCACCGCGCUCUGGCUCCUCCUCGUGCUCUCCCCGUCCCAGGGGGCGCCCCCCACCGCCGCAUCCGAGCACUCGGCGCUGUCGGAUGCGCGCGCCGCGGCUGCCGCGGCCGCGGGCCCCGGCGCUGCCUCGCCUCUCUCGCUCGGCCACAUCGUCUUCGGCAUCGCCGGGUCGGCGCAUCUCUGGCCGCGCCGCCGCGAGUACGUCCGCCUGUGGUGGGACCCCGCCGCGAUGCGCGGCAACGUCUGGCUCGACGCGGGCGCGCCUGCCGCGCCGGGGCCUAGCGCCCCCUGGGAGGGCGCCCUCCCGCCGAUCCGGGUGUCCGAGGACACCUCGCGGUUCAGGUACACCAACCCCACGGGCCACCCGUCGGGGCUCCGGAUCGCGCGCAUCGCCGCUGAGGCCGUGCGCCUCGUCGGCGGAGGGGCGGGCGCGCGGUGGCUCGUGCUUGUCGACGACGACACCGUGCUGUGCGCCGACAACCUGGUCGCCGUGCUCAGCAAGUACGACUGGAGGGAGAUGGUGUACGUCGGGGCGCCGUCCGAGAGCCACUCCGCCAACACCUACUUCAGCCAUAGCAUGGCUUUCGGGGGUGGCGGCGUCGCGCUCAGCUUCCCACUCGCCGCUGCACUCGCGCAGACGCUCGACGUGUGCAUCGAGAGGUACCCCAAGCUGUAUGGAAGUGACGAUCGCCUCCAUGCCUGCAUUACGGAGCUCGGCGUGCCCCUGUCCCGCGAGUACGGAUUCCACCAGUGGGAUAUCAGAGGCAAUGCUCAUGGGUUAUUGGCAUCUCAUCCAAUUGCUCCUUUCAUCAGUAUCCAUCAUGUGGAGCUCGUGGACCCCAUAUACCCUGGAUUGAACUCUCUUGAGAGUCUGGAGCUCUUUACGAAGGCUAUGAAAAUGGAACCCAUGAGCUUCCUGCAGCGUUCACUUUGUUAUGAUCAAAGCCAAAAGCUUACAUUUGCUAUCUCGUUGGGCUAUGUUGUUGAAGUAUACCCCAAUGUUCUUCUUCCUCGUGAUUUGGAGCGAUCACAACGCACUUACAUUGCUUAUAAUAGGAUGAGUCAGAGAAAUGAAUUUGAUUUUGACACUAGAGAUGUUCAGAAGUCUUUGUGCAAGAAGCCAAUCUUAUUUUUCUUGAAGGAUGUCUGGAAGGAUGGAAACAUAACUAGGGGAUCUUACGCACGAUCAAGUGCUAGGGAUGACCUCAAAAGAAAGGUGUUUUGCUUCCGGUCACCCCCUUUACCUGACAUAGAUGAGAUCCAAGUUUCUUCGUCUCCAUUAAGCAAGCGCUGGCAUCUGGCACCAAGAAGGUUGUGCAGUGCACUCAAAGGAUCUAUUGAUGGUACUCUAUUUAUGUUUGUUCGGCAAUGUGGACGUGGGACUUUUGGCUCAGCUUCUGAUUCCUUAUGACUGAUGGGAAACAGAGAUGUAUAUUUUCUGUCCAGAUGAUACCUGGAAGAUGUAGUUACCGCCCUACAUUCUUUGAGUCAAGUAUCAUUGGGGCUCUUUUUCCGCCUCAAACGCUUGACAGUAGCCAAUUGCUUGUUAUAAUUGGUAGUUACUGAAGCAGUUGCUGACAGAAGAAACUUUGCAGAAAAGACAUGCUGGAGAUUUUUUGCUUUGGAAUCUCUAUGUGGCUGGUGUCUGAUACUUGGAGACUGAGGCCUAGUGAAGAGGCCUUUGACUAAAGCUGCGGUUGGCUAAGAACUGUCUGGUUUCAUUCUCGAGACCAGUUUACUCACCUUCGUGGACUCUCCAUGAAGUGUGUGAAAUCAGGUAAGAAUAGUAAUAUAUUAGUCGUGGAUUUUAGUGCUAUAAUCCUGUAACCCUUCUUUAUAGUUCAUACCCUAGUUAGGCUGUGAAACAGUGUAAAGCACGACAGUCGACAACUGUGAGGGAUAACUCAUUCAAUCUAUUCUUUCCUGUGACGUUUCAAAAACCUUCCCGUCCUGUGCCUUGUCCUGUGGAAGACAGCAUUAACCAAAGAGUCGUUGUGGAUUUUAGUCAGGAUCCAGUAUGAUAUUUGAGCAAUUGACUUUAGAAUUUGGACUUAUCUAGUCCUAGAAUCAUCCACACCUGUUGUAACUCGGGUAAAGUUUUCAGAUUUCUAAGAGAAUCGAACCAUUUCUUCAUUUUC